AUGACACGACCAGAAAUUAUACGAGCAGACUCGAUUGAUCUGCAGGACCAGAAUUCACCCUCUGCACAAGACCACUCACGACAGCCCACUCAUCCGUCUCCUCUUGGAGUUGGACCUCCAGCACCACAUCAGGCAGAAACAUUACGAGAAUUGGCAGCAGAGGUGGCAGAGGAGAAUCACCGGAGUCCUCGGGUAUCGAAAGAAUGGACGAGCGGCGAGGUACAGCAAUUGCAGCAGUAUGGAGACGAAUUGGCUGCUGGAGUGUCAGCGAAGUUGAAUGGCGCCAACCUCCAGAAACAAGAUAAUUUGGCUGUGGCUCAAAAUGGCGGAUUGACGGGGUCGACGGCUGAAGAUGCGGAGAUGGCAGACGCGGAGGGUGACGACGGGAUGGAUGAUGAUAUGAUGGAAAAGAUCUCAAGUUCCCCGUCAAUCGACGAUGGUGGGUAUCCCCUUCCACAGCCGUGGCCCCAACGUUGCGAUUCUCUCAGAGGCGCCUCGAAAAGAUCCCCUUCGUUUUCACAAGCGUGUAUCGAAAGCUCUUCGCCAUUUGUGCAGACGCCAGAUCAUUUUCCGUUGCGACUGGCACCUGAACAACUCGACAAGGACGAGGUUCAAAGCUAUGAGACACCAACACAUCAUCGUCAUCUUCUGGGUGAGUAUCCGGACCAUACUGGAGAGACCGGGUCGAAUCAUAGCAAGGGUGAGCACGGCCUUUACUCAACAGACUCGCUCCAAUCGUUCAUCGAACACGAUCAAUAUGACCAAUAUGACCAAUACUACGACUUGAGUUACUUUUCCGAUGAAGGUCUCUCCCGCCAUUUGGAAGGUCUCUGUGGACACGAUGAAACCUUUGUUGGACGUCUGGAUCAGCUUAGCCGACUGAUAAGCGACGAUGAAACUGGAGACCGUUCACCAAAGCGAUUUACUGAUGGCUCAGAGGCUUGUGGAUUAGCCCAGAGAGGCUCUAGGGACGAGCCAGAGGACGAGGAAGCCCGUAACGAACCAAAUGGAACCACCGAGUCUGAGAGCAACGAUGCCAUGACUGUACCUUACGAAAGUUCGGUAGAUGAAGAUGACGAUUAUGAAAUUCCUUACGCUACUGACUCUAGAUUCAUUGACUCAGGAUGGGGUGGAGAAUGCUUACAGGAAACAGAGGACAUCGAUUUCGAAUUCGUGUACGCGUUACAUACUUUCGUUGCAACUGUCGAAGGGCAAGCAAACGCUACGAAAGGUGACACAAUGGUUCUCUUGGAUGACAGUAACAGCUACUGGUGGCUUGUUAGAGUGGUCAAGGACAGCAGCAUUGGGUAUUUACCUGCAGAACAUAUCGAGACACCAACUGAGCGUCUAGCACGUCUUAACAAGCAUAGGAACGUUGAUCUCACUUCAACCAUGCUCGGCGACCAAGCUGAAAAGUCCAAAAAUCCUCUUAAAAAGGCCAUUCGAAGAAGGAAUGCCAAAACAGUCACCUUCACUGCUCCUACCUACGUUGAAGCCUCAGAUAUUGACUACUCAACCGAUGAGGAGGGUGGCGAAGGGGAUUACCAUGGCCAGAACGGAGAACAAGAACAAAAUGGGGACCACCAGGAGCCUGCAGCCGAAGAGGAAGAAGUUGCUACCGUUGAACCCCUGAAACCUCGUUCCGAAAUACGUGAGGUCAAGUCAGACUUAGUGGAACCAGAAGCGAAAGUCAGCACCGACACUGCCAGGACAAGCGAUGAAAUUUUCGAAGGAAAGCUAGAAAGCAAGUCUCGCAACGGUACCGUCCGAAACACAGAUUCAUUCUUCAAAGAUGAUACUGUGGAGACCAGGAAGAUCACGCUUACGCCAAAUUUACUCCGUGAUGAUUCGAGUACCUCGACACGGACAUCAAACGAUUCGAAGGAACUUAAGCAAAGGCCUAGUCUCGACCGACUUGAGAAAGAUUCCCCUGAGAAAGGCAAAGAUAAGAGGGACCGGAAAGACAAAAAGGAUAAGGAUAAGAAGCCUGGAAUGCUCAGUGGUCUUUUCAAACGAAAAGAAAAGAAGUCGAAGAUCGUCGAUGAUGACAUAGAUGAGCUCGUAGCGAGUAAACGUUCACCUGAGAACCCGGGAGCCUCGCCAGUACCUAGCAAGGAAUCGGAUGAGCUGGUAGCUGUGGAGGAACAAGCUCCAGUCCAGACACAAGAUAUGCAGAGGCAGCCGAGCAAAUUACAGAAGCAGCCACGGACCGAGAUCUCACCGAAUCGGAAGCAAGGGCAAAGUCGAGAGCCCAAGAUUAUAGAUCCUCAACAAGCCCCCGCGCCGGAACGAACAACCCCCGCUGAAUCGGUACAAGCACCUUCAAUGCGUCUCGUUCAGCCCGAGGCCUCACUUGAUGAGCCCGCCCGAGAGGCUCAGGGCCAAACACCCGAACUUACAAGAGGUCUGGCGCCUGUUCUGGCGGCUCCCAAGGAACCAAAGUCCGUUGGUGCCAUUUCGAAGAUGCUCCGAUCUGCGAGUUCAAGUACUUCUGAACCCAAGCCUGUUAAGGCAAAAAAGGCUAAGUCCCGAGUUGAACUGGACGACUUUGAUUCAUCUGAUGAAAACUCACCCGUCGAAGAACCCAGUCGGGCACCAGGCAAGCAGGUUCAGCGUCCAAUACCAGGUAUUUUCCCCGACAGCUAUGCCUCGACAAGUGCGAAUGAACGACCCAAUCCUGCUGAGGAAAGAUUGUCCGAAUCUCCUGUUCAAAUAUCGCCAGUUACAUCCUCUCAAUCGUAUCCGCCGCCCCUCAUGGUGGAUACGUCAAGUCAAGAAGAACCACCAUCACCCGUAUCCUCACCUUCGCCAGAACUGAUUGAUGCUGAAGACGCCCGAGAAAAGAAAGGUGCUGGGAGCUCUACUACAUCGACGUCAACCCCAACAUGGAGCGAUGCUCACCUCAGAACCUUCUUUGACGAUGACGCAGAUAUUAAAGAUCUACUGGUUGUUGUUUAUGACAAGUCAGGGGUAGUCCCUGCUGGUCCCGAUCACCCAAUAACGGGUAAUCUGUUCAGGGAAGAGAACGCGAAACUCGAGGACAUCACAAAUCGUCUGGACGGCAUGCUUGGAGACUGGCUCGCACGCAAGAUGAGAGCGCAGGCCUCGAGAUGA